GGUCUCCUUUGAUUCAUUGAUUCCUGUGACUGAUCUAUUCUGAUCUAGCUGAAUCCAAUUGGCUUUGUUAAACGAGACUUUUUUCACGCGAGAUAUUGGAUUGUGAGCUCGAUUCCGCAGCUAUUCAAUUCAAUUAUAUUACUAGCUUGAGCGAGAAUGGUCUCCAGCUUCAAACGCCUCGCGGCGGACCACUCCGCCUUACACGAUGAUCUCCCCCCAAACUACCUCCUCCCCUCCGAUGACGCCUCCGCCGAUGACCUCACACAACUCACUGCCCUGUUGGCCGGCCCACAGGGGACACCGUACGCUCAGGGUCUCUGGCGAUUACAUUUGAAGAUGCCUCAGGACUAUCCCAAGAGCCCGCCCAAGGCGACUUUCAGGACGCGCAUCUGGCACCCGAAUGUCGAGGAGUCGACGGGCGCUGUCUGCGUGGACACAUUGAAACGGGAUUGGAAGUCAACGUUGACGUUGAAGGACGUGCUGGUCACGAUAUCAUGUCUCCUCAUCUACCCCAAUCCCGACUCCGCCCUCAACUCUACAGCUGGCGCAUUGCUUCAGGAGAACUACGACGCUUUCUCCCGCCAGGCCAAACUGAUGACGUCUAUACACGCCCUGGUUCCGUCGGAACUGCAACACGCAGUAUCCGAGGCGAAGAUGCGCGGCGAGGACGCCGGCGCGGCGAUCAUCCCAGAGCACGAGGAUUCGCGCUCUCUACGGCCGCGAAGCAAGGGCAGAACGCCCACAGUGACUAUGAAGAAGAGGAACACCCGACGUAAUACGGUCGAGGAGGGCGCCCCGUCGCGGUCCAUGUCAACGCCUCGGCCUCCUAAUUCGAUACCCGAAACCGAAGAGCAAACCGACGUCCAUCAAGACCCAGAAACUGACGACGAACCAAAAGAAAACGAUCCGUCUCUAUCUCCCUCGCCCGUGAAAUUUGCUCCACCCAGUCCCCGCAAACACGCACUUGGCAAACGACCACUCUCCGUACUGACAAUGCCCGUGGAGACGGAUCUCGCGACAACGGGAGAGGAUGACCCCGACGCAGACGGAACAGGCAUGUCCGCCUCGGAGAAGAACAUCGCUGCGAACUGUUCCGCAGACGCGGACGGCCCUCCCCAAAGAAAAUCCCCCAAACUAUCCAUCAUCGAAAAAGGCAUCAACGCCUCAGGUCGCAUCCGCGAAGACGUCAAGAUCUUCGAAGACGCGCCCAACCCUGGCGACUCAGGCCACCGCCGCAACCCCAGCGGCAACGGCAAGAAAAGCCAUCUCUCCCGUAGCGGCGACAGCGCCGCCCUUAAGGAACGAACAGCAGUAUUAGGGCCUCAAAAGCCCACUCGCAAACUAGACACCUUCGACUCCUCUUCAUCCUCAUCAACGCAACUUGGCCCACAAACAGUCACCAAGCUAGUCGUGGGCGGGUCCCGAAAGCCCUCCUCCGCAUUCCAUAAUGCGCAAAAACCCAAGCCACGAAUCGGUAUCCGCCGACUCUGAAUGUCUUGUUUCUUCUCUUCUCACGCCCCUUAUGAACAUCAUCAUCACCAGCAUCCACUUAUGCAUUUCUCUAAUCUUUUAUCUCAUUUCAAUUCUUUCUCUUUUUUUCGUUUUAGAUCAUAGCCCGAACACUGGCAUCAACAACGGCGUUGUCUUAUCUUGUCUUGGCUUGGCUCUCGAGAAUCUCAAAUUUUAUUUUCUCUUCUCUUCUCAAUGCAUGGCGUGGAACAAGUUUAUACAUAGGUGCAUGGGGUGACUUGCGGCGGUAGAGUGCAAUGAAAAUGGAAUAAGUGUAAUUUCUGGGCGUAUCAUCUAUCACAAGGAGUUUGUCAAUUGUUGGAAAGGGGAAUGGAAGGAAUGGAAGGGAAGGGAGGAAGGAAGGAAAGGAAGGCUAGAUUCUUUUAGGUACUACUUAUUUCAAGGCUU